GCCGGCGCGCCCGCGCCCCUGGCCCCCGCCGUGGCCGUGUCGGUGGCCCCCGCGCCGCUGCCGCUGCUGGACCCCGGCACGAGCCCCCCGCCGCCGCCCCGGCCGUCGGCCCCCGACGUGUUCGCGGGCUUCGCGCCCCACCCCGCGGCCCUGGGCCCCCCGACGCUGCUGGCCGAGCAGAUGAGCGUGAUCGGCAGCCGCAAGAAGAGCGUCAACAUGACGGAGUGCGUCCCGGUGCCCAGCUCCGAGCACGUCGCCGAGAUCGUGGGUCGCCAGGGUUGCAAGAUCAAGGCCCUGCGGGCCAAGACAAACACCUACAUCAAGACCCCGGUGCGGGGCGAGGAGCCGGUCUUCAUCGUGACAGGCCGAAAGGAGGACGUGGAGAUGGCCAAGCGUGAGAUCCUGUCGGCGGCGGAGCACUUCUCCAUCAUCCGCGCCACGCGCAGCAAGGCCGGGGGUCUGCCCGGCACUGCCCAGGGCCCGCCCAACCUCCCGGGACAGACCACCAUCCAGGUGCGCGUGCCGUACCGUGUGGUGGGGCUGGUGGUGGGGCCCAAGGGCGCCACCAUCAAGCGCAUCCAGCAGCGGACGCACACCUACAUCGUGACGCCCGGCCGCGACAAGGAGCCGGUGUUCGCGGUCACCGGGAUGCCCGAGAACGUGGACCGCGCGCGCGAGGAGAUCGAGGCUCACAUCACGCUGCGCACUGGCGCCUUCACCGACGCGGGCCCCGACAGCGACUUCCACGCCAACGGCACCGAUGUCUGCCUGGACCUGCUCGGGGCGGCCGCCAGCCUCUGGGCCAAGACCCCCAACCCGGGACGACGGCCCCCCACGGCCACGGCCGGCCUCCGUGGGGACACAGCCCUGGGCGCCCCCAGCGCCCCCGAGGCCUUCUACGCGGGCAGCCGCGGGGGUCCCCCUGUCCCGGACCCGGGCCCCACCAGCCCCUACGGCGGCUCCGGCAACCCAGGCUUCGCCUUCGGUGCAGAGGAUGCGGGCGCCGCGGUGGGGACCGCCGCCCCCGAGGACUGCGACUUUGGCUUCGACUUCCUGGCGCUGGACCUGACCGUGCCCGCCGCGGCCACCAUCUGGGCGCCCUUCGAGCGCGCGGCCCCCCUGCCCGCCUUCAGCGGCUGUUCCACCGUCAACGGGGCCCCGGGACCUCCCGCUGCCAGCGCCCGGCGCAGCAGUGGGACGGGGACCCCCCGCCACUCGCCCACGCUGCCUGAGCCCGGCGGCCUCCGCCUGGAGCUCCCGCUGUCCCGCCGCGGUGCCCCGGACCCGGUGGGCGCGCUGUCCUGGCGGCCCCCGCAGGGGCCCCUGUCCUUCCCUGGCGGCGCCGCCUUCUCCACAGCCACCUCGCUGCCCGGCAGCCCCGCAGCCACCUCCUGCGCCCCGCUGGACUCCGGUGCCACCUCCGAGAACAGCCGCAAGCCCCCGUCGGCGUCCUCCGCGCCGGCUCCGGCCCUGGCACGGGAGUGCGUGGUGUGCGCGGAGGGUGAGGUGAUGGCCGCGCUGGUGCCCUGCGGCCACAAUCUCUUCUGCAUGGACUGCGCCGUCCGCAUCUGCGGCAAGAGCGAGCCCGAGUGUCCCGCCUGCCGCACGCCGGCCACGCAGGCCAUUCAUAUCUUUUCCUAGAGCGCGCACCUGCACGCGGCCACCUGCGGGGACGGUGGGGCGGGGCCGGGUGGGAGAGGGGCGGGCCGGGCGGGGGGGGCCGUGUUCGCAGAUGAGCUUUAACUACCGUCCCAGGCGUGGAGACCGAGACCCCGCAGCCCAGCGGUGCCCCCGCCCUUCCGUGACAGUAUUGAGUGGUCAGGUCACAAUAAACCAGAGAGAAAAGGUCCGCUUGCACUUUUUUUUCCUUUUUUUUUUUAGACACCCCACCCCUCCAGGGUGAUCUUU